AUGGCGUGGGUUUCUAUUGGGGCUUUGAUCGUGAAUGUUGUCGUGGUGUUUGCAAGUGAUUUGGAAGUUCGAUUAGCCACCACGAACGCCUGUAGUCCGAACCCUUGUGUUCACGGGUCAUGUUUCACCAGUGCUUCCGACAACUAUACAUGCGUGUGUGAUGGGGACUUUACUGGUCAAAACUGCGACACCCCCAUUUAUGCCCUCGAGUGUUACAAUUGCCAAAAUAUACGGACGCCAUCAGCAUGCAACCAGACUCAGAAGUGUACAUCGAGACAGUCAUGCUUUAUGGAAGCAACAACUACAGCCAAUGGCGUUUUAUAUCGAAUGGGGUGUCAACCUAGUGCAGUGAGUUGCUCUUAUAUAUUUCUUUGA